AUGGCGUGCAAGCUAGAUACAGGCGCUAACUGCGGCGUCAUAUCAAUGCAAGACGUCGUAAAGCUUUCAGAUAAGCCUCGGCAAGAGUGUCAAGUGACGCUAACUGCGUUUUUCGAAAACAAGACGACUGCUCACGAGAAAGUAAAAUUGAUUCUUUCCGCAAAUGGCAGAGCACACGAAGAACUCUUCUUUGUCGUAGAACAACAUGUGCCGAUCACCUUGAGCGGAUCCUUUGCCGAGCGCCUGGGACUUCUAUACCGGGUGCAGAAUGUUCAUCUAGAGAACUUGUACCAAGCCGCACAACCAUUUGCAGAAGUUUUCAAAGGCCUUGAGCAAUUGAAAGAUGUCGAGUAUGAAAUGAAGCUGAAACCUGGAACAGUUGGAGUCGUGGUGCCGGCCAGGAAAGUUACGGUUGCCCUUCAAGACAAGCUCUGUGGCAGAACAAAAGUAAAGCACGGCCAUCACUUGACACUGCGGCUGUUGCGCUGCCGAGAUUACAAUCUGCGACUGAAUCUCAAGAAAUGUACUUUUUUGCUGACAGAAGUCCGCUACCUAGGUCACAUCCUGACCACGCAAGGCCUGCGCGUGGACCCGGACCGCGCAAACGACAUCCUGGCGAUGCUGCCACCCUCAAACACAUCAGAAACUCGCCUUAAGGACGUUCUUGGAGCAACCAAUGAGGACCCCGAACUCUCAAACCUGCGUGACUACGCCGAGACAAGCUGGCCUGAUAACAAGCAAGACGUCCCAGAAAUCGUCCGUCCCUACUGGGCGAACCUCGAGGAGAUACACAAACAAGACGGCCUUCUGUUUCGCAGCAAUAAGUCUCCUGUGCACAGGCUGAUGGGACGACAGACGCGGACGCUGCUGCCGGUACCAACAAGCCACCUGGAGCCGGAGACUGUGCCAAGCAACGCCUUCCACAACCGCCUCAAGGAGAUCCGGAAGCGGCAGAUGACCUUCUACAACCGCAACUCCCGAAACCUGCCGCCAUUGUCACCGGGGCAAAAGGUCACGACGUACGACACACGACAGCGAACCUGGUCGCCAGCCGUCAUCCUGAGACCAGCGGACACCCCGCGUUCAGCGAUUCUUCAGACUGAAGACGGCCGCGAGAUUCGACGCACAAGAGAGCACCUAAGGGAGGCAGCAUCCCAGCCGGACUCAAGUCGACCUUCCACCGAAGACCGACCGACAGACCAGGACAUCAACGAGCUCAGUCAAGAGCUAGGCAGAAGUACCCGAGAACGCCGGGAACCCUGCCGGUACCCACUGCCCGAGAGACUGUAA